GGGGCAAGUAUUUCUCAGGCUGAUGAGGAACUGGCCUGAUUCUUUGCAGUCUAGGCAUAGGAGGCAGGAGCCCCUGGGGUGGGCUAGUUGCCCUGGCUUGGAAUGUCUGGGCAGAUGCAUAGGCAGCUGGAAAGGUGGCACCAUACUUGGGGCACUGAAGCUGCCGCUGUUCCUAGGAGACGGAGGAGCAGGAGCCUGCGGGGGAGGGGGAGCAAGUGGAUUGCUGCUUUUAGCAGCUGAAAGGGCUGCAGGGAGCUCUGGUAUCAAGCCAAGCUCCCAGCCUCUGAUACAGGCUGGAGAUGACGAGAAGAACCAGAGGACAAUCACCGUCAACCCUGCCCACAUGGGAAAGGCCUUCAAGGUCAUGAAUGAACUGCGAAGUAAGCAGCUGUUGUGUGAUGUGAUGAUUGUGGCAGAAGAUGUGGAGAUAGAAGCCCACCGUGUGGUCCUGGCAGCCUGCAGCCCUUACUUCUGUGCGAUGUUCACAGGUGACAUGUCUGAGAGUAAAGCCAAGAAGAUUGAAAUCAAAGAUGUGGAUGGACAGACACUCAGUAAGCUGAUUGACUACAUCUACACUGCUGAAAUUGAGGUGACGGAAGAGAAUGUGCAGGUGCUGCUCCCAGCGGCCAGCUUGCUGCAGCUCAUGGAUGUCAGGCAGAACUGCUGUGACUUCUUGCAGUCUCAGUUGCAUCCCACCAAUUGCCUGGGCAUUCGCGCAUUUGCAGAUGUGCACACCUGCACUGACCUUCUGCAGCAGGCCAAUGCCUAUGCAGAGCAGCACUUUCCAGAGGUGAUGCUGGGGGAAGAGUUUCUCAGUCUGAGUCUGGACCAGGUGUGCAGCUUGAUAUCCAGCGACAAGCUGACCGUUUCUUCGGAAGAGAAGGUGUUUGAAGCUGUGAUUUCAUGGAUCAAUUAUGAGAAAGAGACUCGUUUGGAGCACAUGGCGAAGCUGAUGGAACAUGUCCGACUCCCUCUCUUGCCUAGGGACUAUUUAGUCCAGACAGUGGAAGAAGAAGCUUUGAUAAAGAAUAACAACACCUGUAAGGACUUCCUCAUUGAGGCCAUGAAAUACCAUCUGCUCCCUCUGGAUCAGAGGCUCUUAAUUAAGAACCCCAGGACCAAGCCCAGGACUCCAGUGAGCCUGCCCAAGGUCAUGAUUGUGGUUGGUGGCCAGGCGCCCAAAGCCAUCCGCAGCGUGGAGUGCUAUGAUUUCGAGGAGGACCGGUGGGACCAGAUUGCUGAGCUUCCCUCCAGGAGAUGCAGAGCAGGUGUGGUGUUCAUGGCUGGCCACGUGUAUGCCGUUGGCGGCUUUAAUGGCUCACUGCGUGUGAGGACAGUGGAUGUGUAUGACGGUGUGAAGGACCAGUGGACGUCCAUCGCCAGCAUGCAGGAGCGCCGGAGCACACUGGGUGCAGCGGUGCUCAACGAUCUGCUCUAUGCGGUGGGAGGCUUUGACGGCAGCACUGGCCUGGCAUCGGUGGAAGCCUACAGCUACAAGACCAACGAGUGGUUCUUUGUGGCCCCAAUGAACACGAGGCGGAGCAGUGUGGGUGUGGGCGUUGUGGAGGGGAAGCUGUAUGCCGUCGGGGGUUACGAUGGGGCUUCCCGCCAGUGCCUGAGCACAGUGGAGCAGUACAACCCGGCAACCAAUGAGUGGACUUAUGUGGCGGACAUGAGCACGCGCCGCAGCGGUGCAGGGGUUGGGGUGCUCAGCGGACAGCUGUAUGCCACAGGAGGGCAUGAUGGGCCCUUGGUGAGGAAGAGCGUGGAGGUUUAUGACCCUGGAACAAACACUUGGAAGCAGGUGGCUGACAUGAAUAUGUGCCGGCGCAAUGCAGGUGUCUGUGCAGUGAACGGGCUCCUGUACGUGGUCGGAGGGGAUGACGGGUCCUGCAACCUAGCUUCGGUGGAGUACUACAAUCCUGUUACAGACAAAUGGACGCUGCUGCCAACCAACAUGAGCACGGGGCGGAGCUACGCAGGUGUUGCUGUGAUUCACAAGUCCUUGUGACCCAAAUUCCCACUGCCAGGAGACGGAGGAUGACAUGGGUGCUACCUGUGACUCGGAGCAGCAGGAUCCUAGCAACUGGAUGCAACUCAUUAGGAGGGUCCAGGGUGGUGUGGGAACCACUCUGCUCUCACUUGGCAGACUGGCAUUGCCCCUCACAGUAUGGACACUGGCAACCCACCUCCUGCUUCCCUAAGGUGCUUGGGCCUCAGCCCUCAGCAGUGGCAUUCUGACUGCCCCAGGAGCACCUUUGGGUUUUUUUUUUUUGGUAUUUAUAUAGGUAUUUAAAACACACGUGCACAUGUGCGUGGUGCACAUGUGUGUGUUUGUGUGUAAAAUGUGUUUUCACUCAGUUGUGGGGUAGGGAGCUAUGGUAAUCUACUGGAUUUCUUUACUACUGAUCCUUUUGCCAUGUUGAAAAUCAAAUAACAGAAACCUUUUUUCUGGAUUGGUCCAGUGGGGACCCUGAGACUACUAAAUCUGCUGUCUCCUGGAGAUCCAGUUGAACAGGUUGGAAUUGUCCAGAAGUAACCCGCGAGUGGGCAGUUCUGUGUUCGUGCCUGCAAACAUGACCUGACUACUGUAACUCUGCUUGCAGAAGAGCUGGGGCUUUCUUGAAGCUGUGCCCUGUCCUCUGUGUGCUGGACCAGGGAGAGCAUAGGUUCCCAUGGUCUUCCUAGCUGCCCUUCCUGGGCUCCCCUCUGGGAAGCAGAGAACCACCCAGUCUUCAUCUGGGUCUCUCAUUUUUGAUGUCAUGGAUUCCAGGUAUGGAAGAUUUUGUUUGCUGAGCGGGAAAAAAAUGAACUCUUCAGAGUAGCCCCAGGUAACACACUGGAAAAAAAAAUGUACAAGAAGAAAACAAAAAAAUCAUGAUGGUGAGGAUUUAGUCUCUGCUCACAGUGGUCUUAGGGAGGGAUCCCACUUCUGGUUUUUCCCAUAACAUGACAGCCCUCAUUUGUAUUUAUUACCCAAGCCUAAUUAUUCUAGCACCUCAUCUUACUCGCCAGUGUUCUGGCUUGGAGGUUAUAUAAGUAAAAGGUUAGCCUUCCACCAACCCAGAGAUAAGUUUGUCCAUGGGGUCAUAUAAGAUUCAUUUGGACAUGAAUGACUUCAAGGCACUAUAUUGGCUGGGGCUGGCCCUUGGCACUUUGUGACAAAAGUCAAAUCUGUCUUAUACCCUUACUGUCCUCUUGUGCUUUCCCCCUAUUUCAAAGUAUGUACCCUUCCAAAACUGCAGACUUCCCUCCCCUUUGCUUGGACUGUUGGGGAGGAGAUGGCAGUGGGCCCUGGAUUUGAGAUCUCUUUCAAAGAUACUUGAAUUUUAAAAGAGGGGUUUGACAGGAUAUUACCAAUACUAGGAAGUCAAACCUUUGGAGAGGGAUUUUGAAGGGAGCACUAGGUGAUGUGCAUUUUUUAAAAAAGAUAUUUCAGUGUGUGAAUUCCUAAGCUAGCAAAUUGCUUAUGUUGGACUUUUCUGGCAGAGGAGGGGAGGUCUUGUGUCUCACAUCUCAGAGCCAGGGCUUAACCCUCUGUGAUGUCAAGGCCCUGCUCUUUGUGAUAUUAGGCUUCUGAUAUACCAAUGUGUGUUCUAGGCAGAUUCUGCAGGAGAUUGGCAAUCCCUCUUUUCCCUGCCUCUGCCCUGCAGUUAGAAACCUGGGAGUCUACCAAGCUCCCCAGCUGGUUGACCACUUUGAAUAUUUAUUGUAUAUUAUGCAUUAUUGUAUACCUCCCCUGAGAAUGAAAUUUCCCUUUACAGUUAAGCACAUGUUGUUUCAGCAAGACAUUUGAAGAGCACUAAGGUACAUAGGAAUUUAGCCUUGAGAAGAAGCUAAGAUAUCCAGCUUGGGUGGAUCCAGAAGAAAUGUCACCAGAGGAAUCAAGACAUGCUUGAAUUAGGCGCUUUGGUCUCACCUGGAUGCAGGGGUGGCUGUAAUUUCAGAGCUCUACCUAGCUCUGAGUUAGAAGCUGAUGCAAUGAGGUUUUUGUCCCAGAUGUCCUUCCUCCUUCUGCAAGGAAGUUUUGAGACUUGCUGGCGAGUGCACAUGGUGAGGAUAAGGUUGAGGAGUCUGGUGUGUGUGUGUCACACAAAUUCUCCAUUAUUGAUGGAAGGUAAAUUCCUCAUCUCCUUCCCCAUGGUGGAGAAGCUAGGCUUUUCUGCUUAGGUGGGGAAAGCUAGAUUCAUGUGUCAUUGUCCCAGAAAAGAUCCCUCCCUUGGAAGCUCGCCAGCCAUAUUUUCUGCUUUGCAGUUUUUUGCUAUAGGUCCCACCUUGCAUCUCCUUUCCUAAGAGGCAUUGCCUCUGCUGGUGGCGCUGUAGGGGCCAUGUUCAUUUCAUCUUCGUGCAUCCUUUUUCAUGGGGACUAGAACAUUGGUAUGUCAUCACAAAAAAGUCAACCUGCUCUAGCUGUCCACAGAUCCCAUCCCAAAGUUACUAUUGUUUCAUCCCUAGGUACGAAUCUCUCUGCACAGUAGUUACAUCAGACUUUCAAGUCUCUGCUAGUCACAUGGUAGUGCAGCCUCCCUUCCCUGCCCCUAUUAGGGUGGCCACUCCUGCUUGUGAAUGCAGCUUUGCCAGUGGCGUAUCUGAAAUCUGAUUGCGGUGGUGAAAUGGAAUUGAGGCCCAAGGUUAGAAGCAGUUUAAACGCCACUUGGAUACUGAUUUGGACAACAUAGAAAUCAGCUUCUGAAUUCCAAAGUUAUUUCCCAUAAGUACCCAAUGGCAUCUCUCCAUCUAAAAAGUUGCAGUAUUAUGCAAAUGAAGUGACCUCAUUUUCUGCUAUGCAAUAAGAAUACUUAAUUCUAUUUCAUGACAAGCCAGUUGCAAUAUCCCCUAAGAUGCUUUUUAAGCUGUCUUACUUUGAUAUUUGUUGUGUAAUGUUUGUAUAUUUCUGAGCCAGAUCCUUUCAAAGAUUGCCUUUUUAUAAAACCGAAGCGAUAGCUUUUAGGCUAAAAUCUUAAUGUAGAUAUUUUUAUAAGAUAAUUUUUUCAAAAUGUACGAAUCACUUUUUAUUGUCCAUGAUAAUGAAAGGUUAUGUUGUAUAUGUCAUUCACUCUCACACACAGUUGGUGCCUGUAGCUAUCUUUCCUUUGUCCUCUCCCCACCCCCCAAAAGCAAACUCCAGAUUUUUCAGGAGCUCCAGGUAUAUGAGUCUUCUUUUUCAUAUUGUAUUCAAGGGAGACUGCUGAAUUGAAAAACACAGUCACUGGUGUGUCUUGAAUUGCCAGAGACUAAUGUUAAGCUUGAUUCAGCAUCUUCCCGUCUAUAUUGCUUGUUUGUCCCUUUGUCUAUAUUGCCUGUCUAUCCAUUUGUUAAUUCUUUUUGGAGUUUGCUUUCUGAGGGCUGAGGCUGGGUGGCCUGUCUCCUGGUGGCUCUUACUGUCUGCCAUGGAGCCUGGCACACUGUCGUAUGGAGCAGCUCCAGAGAAGGGCUUACCCUCUGGCCUAUAUUCCCUAGUUCCUGAGUUCAGCAGACCAUUCCUCAUUCGCUUCUGUCCUCUUGUUAUUCUGAAACUACCACUACCCAAGGCCUUGGCUGCCAGAUGAUGUCUCUUUUGGAAGCAUCCGUCACUGUACUUUAAAAGAGGGGCCCUUCCCAGUCCCUAUGAGGAACACAUUAAGCUUGUGCUUUGCAGAUGCUCACGCUACACCUCUAACUUGUCUCUUUAGGUGUGUCUCCAUUCCAGGCUCUGUCUGUGUACUUAUCUGCCACACGCUUUGUGUUUCUAAAACAAAUCUUUAUUUUUAUUAUUGUUGGGACAGGUGCCAUUUAAAUUGCCUCCAUGCUUGGAUCAAGUUGGGAACAAACUCAUAUUCAACUUUUAAGGCUCUGUUUGCCUGCAGAAGCAAGGAGAUUGGAAUGUAUUUUUUUUUAGUGUUUGCACUAUUUGGAGUCCUAAGCCCCUCAUGUUCAGAUGUUUUGUUUUUCUACUGACCAAGCAGGAAAGCUGGCAGCACUUCCAAAUAGAAAUGGAAGAAGCUUCUUCCAUGGUGGGUAAUCCCAGCCUCAUAGACCUUGUGCACCCUUUGUCAUGGGACUCAGUGACUCAUGGAUACAGCAUCAGCCACGGCAGGAAUGUGUGGAACUGUGGCAUAUGCAGAAACAAAUUGCCCUUAGUGCUAUGUCCUUGCCUUUGGUUAUAAAUUGUAAAUUAUUUCCCCCUUUUUAGUGGCAAUAAAAGACCCUUAUUGUUUAAUUUGUCCGUGUAAAAUACUUUCUUUGCAAGAAAACUCAAGACACUGAAUGUGUAUGUCUAUGUGGGUGCUCUGUCCCCGUGCUUGUCACAAGCAGUCAAACUGGACCAUUGACACCCUGUACAAUGUAUUGCACAGGGAAAGUCCUUGAUCUAGUGUUUUCUGCAUGGGUGUUGGGGACUUAUAUCUCAUAAAAGGACACUUGUCACAUGCUUGAUCAGUUACAGUGAUAGCUGAAGAAACAUUUCCUCAAAUGUAUUAUUUUAAGAAGAAUCAUGUUCUAGUUUCCCAUAUUGAAUGUUUAAUUUUAAUAAAAGCUAAACUGUG